CCUUUUUUUCUGUUCUCACACACAGUGUGGUGCAGUCCAGUCACAGUCCAGAGAGACACUUCGGACUGUGUGUGUGCUUUGGUUAUAGCCUCAAGCUUUCCUGGAUGACUAUGAACCUAACCGCCAUCAAUGAAGGACCACAAUACAACUUUCCACUGGGGAACUUCUACAGCUUGCCCACACCUUUUUCAAAGGUCAAUGACCUCUGAGGAAGGACUUAUCCAGUUUCAUCUUUAUUUGUUAUUGAUACUGAGCUUUCAUGUAUUGGAUGAGCGCUUUUAUCAAGUGAGGACAUGGCCAAGGUGUACAGACUCUAUUUAGGAAUAGCAGCAGCUCUGGCCUUAUGCAAAUACUCCCUGGCAGAAUGGAAUGCCACGGACGAGUCUGCCAAUCGGACUGUGUCCCACUGUCAUCACCAUGGCAACGGAGACAAUUGCACAGACACAACAGACACGGGGCAGUGGGGCAGCCACUUCUCAAAAUGCCCCGAGGAACUAACAAACUACUGCAUCCACGGAGAGUGCCGUUACAUUAAGGAACAACAGGCACCGUCUUGCAGGUGUCACCGUGGUUACAUUGGUGCCAGGUGUGAGUAUAUGGACCUGGAUUGGCUGAUAGGAGAGAAGCGACAAAUCAUAAUUGCCUGUGUCAUCGCAGGACUCGUUUUCCUCAUUCUCGUCAUUGUAUUCAUCUGCAUUUGUUCAGGUCGUAGAUGCAGGUGUUGUUGGCGGAGGAGAAGACGGAGGGAAGAACCGCGAAACGGGACAGAGAAGCUCAGAAUGAUGGACACCAACGUGACACACACAACCUCAACAGCAGACUCAACAGAGCCACCGCUCACCAACGCUGUGUGAGAAGUGUGUGUGUGUGCGUCCACAAUUCUGGGAAUUGUUUAGACAUGAGAGAUUUUUGUCCUUCGUGUCACAGCUGCUGCCUUUUGUCUCACGUGUGACAGCAGUGUGUAAAAGGAGGUCCCCCUGUGACAUACACAACUAAGUCCUGCUCAGAGGUGGGGGGACAUUUCUGGAUGAAGGCUGUGUUGGAUCAAACAGGAGUCUGCACCCUCCUUUAAAGGGAAACUUGUCUGAAACUUUGAUGAAGCUUCAGAACAAAGAGGAUGAUGAACACAAGCUGUUCAGCUGUUUUUUUGUUGAUGUUGUUUUUGAAGCAACAGGCGCUUGUAGCCUUUCGCUAAGCUCUGCUAAAUCAGCUGUUGCUAUGUUGGAAAAAAAGAUGUGACACCAGCUGGCAGCCGAUGCAAAAACUUUAUCAAGUAUGUCGUGGGAGGCAGACACUGAAAAAUGAGAGGAAAGGGACUGUGUGAAGAUAAGACACUCCACUGUAUAAAAAUAUGCAAUAUUUCGAGUACCAGCAGCUGCACAACUGUUUUAAUAUGCUGUAUCUUUGUGUCAUAUUGUUUUGUUUACUGCUGGUAAACUAUUGAUCCACAUCACACAAAUCAACAGUUAUCAUUUAUUCCUCUAUCCACACUAACGUCUCUUUGUAAACUCACGCAGAAUAUUGUUACUCAUCAACGUUAGCAAUGCAAAAAAGGGCCGUCUAUAUACUAAAAGGUUGCAGUCCUGGAGUCCCGGGUUGGAGGAGGACAAGGAGAACUUGUGCGGGAGGCUUUUUUGAACUGUAUAUUUGGAGCCCGGCAGCCUCCGAGCUACAGGACGCAGAACAGCCGAGCCUGUGUGUGGAGGCUCCACUGAGGUGAAAAUGCUCCACUGUAUGAGACGGUUUCUAGACUGUCAGCCUUUCACUGGCCUUUUUAAAUGUGUAUCUGUAUGUGUGUUCUGCAUCUAAAUGUAGAAUGAAGAGAGUUAGGGCAGAGUCAGUGACGUCUGCACCUGCCGUCUAUAUGUCACCUAGCAAUAAAGAUGUCUAUUGUACAUGUGCUUUCAAUUAAAGAAAAAUAAAAAUUCAAAAAUCACAUGA